CUUCCUUUUGCAAUAGAUUAGAAUGAAUCAAGACCUUCAAUCGUUUCAUAUGAUCAUAUAAGCUCAGCGUAUUAAUCAGCUCUUUGCCAAGACCAUUUCUGCCACAGUUAUGAGCCCGGUUCCGCUCUAGAGGACAUACAUACCGCUUUAAUCAAUUAUUGAAGCUAUACAAGCUCCCCGCUCCGAGCAAAACACAAAACGGCACCCCCCCAACGGGAUCCUGCAAAAGGAAGCGAUUCAGCAAAGCUGACCCGCUGCUGAAGCCAAUAUGAUCUCCUCAUUCGAUUCAGAUAUCGCCACGAAGGUUAAAAUCAUCUUAAAGAGCCGAGAUGAUUGGCGUAAUUAGACCCUCAACAUCAAAGAAUAUGCCGAACAGCUAGAUAUAUGGGAUCACUUCAAUCCAGAGGACUCUCCACAACGCCCUGGAGCCCCCAUGAAGCCAAUGAGGCCCGCAGAGCUCACGGAAACCAACUUCCGCGCACACCAACUCGAUCUUCAAGAUUAUAAGGAUACUCGAAAUAAUAUUGCAAAGGUGGAGGAGGCAAUCAAGAGCUCUAUCGCGAUUCACAUACAACCCCUGAUCGAGGAGAAGCGACGAUUCGAGAUACUGAAGGUGCUGAAGGAGCAAUACGAGCCGACAGAGGACGAGAUGGAAGAGAAGGCCCUGAGGCAGUAUAAAGCAGUUAUUAAGAGAUCUCCACGGAAAGGCAAGAUCAAUGCAUGGAUUGAGGAUUUUGACCACGCUUACCUCGCGAUCAAACGGCUCAAUAUGAGCGAGAGCCAAGAUAAGCACGUACAGAAGGACUUCCUUCGAUCGAUUGAAGCCGUGGAUCCUCUAUAUUCAAGAUUGCACUACUCCAAUAUUCGCAACACCACUUACCGCAACUUGCUGAGCGAUUUCCGCACUUAUCUUGCUAACAGCGGCCGAGAUGACGAUUCAGCAGUAGCGCAUAAUUUCGCCACGUUUAACGGUCAAGGCGAUAAACCAGCAGACGCCGAAAAGCCUCAAGAUGCAGGGAAGAAAGGGGAAGGAUCAUCUCCCUACUGCGUAUGCGGACUAAGGCAUCGUAUGGAGAAAUGUUGGCAACUUUAUCCUGACCUACGGCCACCAAAUUGGAAGCUAAAUAGCAAAGCUAUGAAGAAGCUUAAGGACUUUGCCGCAGGAUCAUCAACACAAGCUCAAAUGGUCAGAUCGAUCAUUGAGAAGAACUGGAAGCAAGGCGAUGAAAGGCCUCAAGAAUAUCACGUUAUGGCCCUUUCAUUCAGUGCCUCGCUAGACAUCCCGCUUAAAAACUGCUUCAUUAUUGACACCGGUUCUUAGGAUAACUUCACGCUGGGGAUUCAACUAUCGAGAUCCAAGGAUUCGGAAAAGUCAGGAUACGGCCAAAUUGCGGAGGAGAGAAAGGGGAUAAAGAAAUCGUUCUUACUAACGUCGCCUUCGUUCCAGGCCUCCAUACAAACAUUCUAAGCGCGCAGAAGCUUAAGCAAGCUGGCUACGAUUUUAGUAUGGCCCGCAACACGAUCUCACGAAAUGGCAGGGUUAUAUUCCGAGUAGAGGAGCACUUAUCAGGAUUCUGGAUCAUUG